CACUAUUCUGAUCAAGAAGAAGUAGCAGGUAUAGUCACCCUACUUAGUGCACUAUGUAUCCAAUAGGAAGCCAUUUUGUAUUCGGACAAACUUAAAGGCAUUGGCUGAGUGAUGUGUACGGCAGGCAGGAUGGGUCAAUCUCUGUGCGCGUUGUCAUACUCGACAGCGCCUUCAGUCAAAGCGAACGGAAACGCAGCCCGAGCGACGAGGAGAACGUUACGAGUUUGCGGAUUUGCUUGUUUGGAAAGCAGGAGCCACCGGUUCGACAAGAAUCCGAUGAAAAACAAGCAGCUCCCAAACCUUGAGUCGUACCGGCGGCACGCGUUUGAAGGAGAAGGAGAUGUGUUCGGGGCGCGCGGAGAGAUAGGCGGACAGAGGAAGUCGUUCGACGGUGGAAGUAGAAGAGACUCGGAAACGGACCGGACCGCUGCACUCGCCACCACCACCACCACCGCUCGCCUUGACGCGCGCGCUUCCGUGCAACCCGUCGCUGACUUUGAAGGAGUUCCGAAGGAGGAAACAAUUGUAGCCAUCGAUGCGGACUGCAGCAGGGUCGGUGUGCUCGAGCGGGCUGAUUCACAAUGCAGAGCACGAGCAGAUGCGGAGAAGGAGGAGAAGAACCAUGAGUGGAGCAGCUCACCGCGGAGCAUGGAGGAACCCCGAGAAAGAGACCUCGAUCUGAACGCGAUUGGUUUCGAUGGCGCAACAGCAUUAAGGCUGUUCACACCGAUCCACUCUGGGUCCUUUACGGAGAAAAAUCAGACGGCUCCACAGCCACAGAUUCACUCUUGCACCAAGUCGUACGUUUCGAACCGGCUAGUCGUUCCUUCCCAUGUGACCAGAACUCCACCGAGUGUCGAACCCUCAUCACCGCGUCCUGACUUUACGCACAGAACCAAGGACCAAGACAGCACGCCCAUCUUUCCUGAAGAGGAAUGCGUCCAUGGCCAGGGUUUAAUGGAGUUCCACAGUUUCCCCGGGAUCAUUCCGAGACUUAUUGUGACCCACGAUCCGAGUCCCAGCCAAGCCGAGGACGUGGAGGUCGCUGAGUUCCCGCUGAGUUUCGGCGCGUUAUCUCUGGACCUGCAGCCCGGCCACGAGUCUCCGUACUCGGACAGCGGCUGCGGAGGCUCCCCUAUCCCCCGCGUUUCCCUCCGUAAACUCUCCAGCUCGUCCUCAGCGGGACUUUCAUCCGCGUCCUCCUUCGAGGAGUCAGAGGAUGACAUAACCGGGAGCGACGUCGAGCCCGGCGGCCUGUCCCCGAGCACGCACGUCCAGUUCGGCAGUCCGGAACAGCUGUCCCGGCCAAGAUCGUGGAGGAAGUUAAAAAGCAUGGUGCAUAUCACACCCUUCGUGGUGUCCUAUAAGAAGCACUACCCGUGGGUGCAGUUAGCCGGCCACGCAGGUAAUUUCCAGGCAGGGGAAUAUGGUAGGCUGUUGAAGAAGUACUGCGCAUGUGAGCAGCAGUGCCUGCAGAAGCUGAUGGUCGAUUCUCUCAGGCCAUACGUUCCUGGAUACUACGGUGUCGUGAGGCAAGACGAUCAGGACUACAACCUGAUGGACGACCUGCUGUCUGACUUCAACUCUCCAUCCAUCAUGGACUGCAAAAUGGGCAGCAGAACAUAUCUGGAGGAGGAACUGGUGAAAGCUCGUGAACGGCCCAAGUUAAGGAAGGACAUGUACGAGAAGAUGGUGGCGGUGGACCCGGACGCGCCGAGCGCAGAGGAGAAGGCUCAGCAGGCCAUUCUUAAACCACGCUACAUGCAGUGGCGAGAAACUCUCAGCUCCACAGCCACGUUCGGCUUCCGUAUCGAGGGCAUCAGGAAAGCAGAUGGCACGUGCAACACCAACUUUAAAAGGACUAAGCACAGAGAGCAGGUUAUAAAAGCCUUGGAGGACUUUGUGGAUGGAAACACACAGAUCCUGAGGAGUUAUUUACUGAGGCUGGAGGAACUGCGAGGGGUGCUGGAGACAUCCGAGUUCUUCCGUUCACAUGAGGUGGUAGGCAGCUCUUUACUCUUUGUCCACGACACUUCAGGUCUGGCGCGAGUAUGGAUGAUCGAUUUCGGAAAGACGGUGCCUCUUCCUCCGCACCAGAGCCUGGACCAUCGCACUCCAUGGAGCGAGGGCAACCGUGAAGACGGAUACCUGUGGGGCCUGGACAACCUAAUCGAGAUCCUGAGCUCCAUGAUUCCGGACAAAUCAUAUCUCGAGCCAUGAGGGGUAUGCUGACUGUACAGUGGAACAGGGACAGAGGACGCAUAAGGACCAGAUUAGCUGUCGCUAAUGGCUUCGUGCUUUAGAGAAAGAUAGACGAAACGAGCACACGAAAAGAAGGAGAAGUGCCGGAUAUCGGAGAGCCUUAGCGAAGCGAUGAUCGGUCACGCAGCAGAAUGCACGCACCAUGUAUGCAAAGUCCAUACACAGAUAUGUCUCUGUUUUUUUUUUUGUUGUUUUUUUUUUUAAGCAGGUUUGUACAUUUAUAGGGCAAAGAACUUGACAUUUUGAGACUUUUCAAUCUUUUUUUUUUUACGUAAUGAAAAUACAGAUAACACUAGAACACUGGAAACAUAUCCAUCUGUGCAUCCUCUAUUAAUAUUUUUAUAGUAGUGUAAAUAGACUAAUUUAAUUUUAUUCUCAAGAACACUUUUUUUUUUUUUUUUUCCCUCUGUACUUCAUGUUUUACUGCUUCUUCUUUAGCAGUGAUGUAAAUGAUGCCAGCUUUUGUAUUCAUCCUUCAAUCAGGUUUAAAUUUUAAAAGUUGUUCAAUUCUGAAUCCUUAAUGGUUUUUAAUACAGGAGGUCAACGUGUGAGGUGAUGGCAUGCAGCAUGGUUUGAAAGAUUUAACUCAUUCGUGUGACGCGUCACGCAAGAAGCUUUUGGCUUGAAGGUUUUAAUGAGUGGAUUUAAGGGCUGAUUGCUGAAAGCCAUAUUAGGCAUUCCUUAAAACAUUCCCAUGUUGAACGUUUCCCUUAAAGGCACGAAUAAAUCGUGGGUUUGAAGUAUUUCGGAGUUUUCAUAACGCUCUGAAAGCCGUAGAAUUCAGUCAGGCAGCUGGUUUUCUGGGCCUUUUCAAAUCUCAUAGGACUGAGAUGGAGGAAUGUUUGGACAGUGCAUUUUGAUAGAUAUUUUCCCCACUUCAAAGUAUUCCAAAAACUGGAUCUAUACCAAAUAAAUCAUUUUCGAGCCAGAGAACAAGGUCUAAUGUGUCCUGUUAAGCAAUAUCAGAACACGUGUUAAGUAACCAGAGCCGAGAACACGGAGUAGUCACUUCCUGAGGCACUGCAUGUUAUAUUUUAUGUAAACACUGAUUGAUUGUAGUAUUUUGUGUUCAAUAUAUAUGCUGUAGUUCUCCCACUGGUCUGUUUUUGUUUUGUUUUUUAACCAUCAUCUGAUGUUAACUGGAAUGUUCAAUUGAAUACUUUGACCUUCUGAUUGAUUUUUAUUUUUAUUUUUUUCCAACUAAAAAGGUACGAUCUGAAAUGAAAUCUGAGCCAGCAAGGAAUUUUUGGGGAAAUAUUCCAAACAUCUCACAUAAUCAUCGUGAGAAGCGUCGUGUCGAGCAGAUCGUGUUGCACAUCACGAUCCAGGGGAAAAUGUUUUUCGAAAGAACAUGUUGCUCAAGCUGUGUGCUUAUACAUAAUCACCAACGCUCAUAAUGUGCCAGAUCUCCACUCAUCUCGGUGUUGUCUAAACUUGUCGACUGGAAAUGUCAAUCCUUUUGAACUCUGUGGAAAGAAAACAUGAUUUUUAUUUGAAACUGGAACAUGUUGAUUUUCUGGCAAUGAUUUCUACAUGGUGGCUUGGGAUAGCGCUGAUAAAGUUCACAGUUAAAGCUGUUUGCCACUUAUGAUGCAAACUGUAAUAGCAGUAGAAACACCGAUAAAUCCUCCUUCCCGUAAACAAUCACGCCCACUUUGAUGAAUUACCUUUUAAGUUGGGGGUGGGGGGACGAUCAAAGCUGAGCCGCUCUGUUUCAGUUCUGAUUGAGCCUAUUUCAGGGUCGGAAAAAUGUCAUCAGAAAACUAAAAUGCAAAAACUAGCGAAACUUAUUGCAUAACAAUAGUAUCACAUAAUUUGUACAGGAUUGUUACAGGUCUAGAAACGCUUUAAAAUCAGCAAACUGCACAUUUUUAAGGCAUGUCAAGGUCUUACACUGAAGGCUUAUCUGAUAUACUCAAUAGGCACUCACUCAAUAUGGUGCUUUCAUUGUUAAAUUUAUUAAAGGGAUUUUUUGCGGUGAUUUACUUUUUUUUUUUUUUUUGUAUAAUUAUUCAGUCAGCUGAAUUUUUAGUGUUUUCCUCUUUGAAUGUAUUCUGAAGCUUGCUAUAGCUCUCGUCACAAAUGAUCAGUUUCUUUCCUCAAGCAGUGGAAUGGAUCCUCUAACAUAAAUCGAUUACAUUUGCACUUUUUUGUUUUUUUUGGCUAAAAUAGGCCAUAGUUUUUUUGUUUUGUUUCAGAAUUGAUUUCUCCUUUUACUCCAAAGCAGUUUAUUCACCUUGUGAUGCCGGUAAUUUCAUGUCUCGUUGGCGUUACAUCUGAAACUUAAUAAGGAAGGAGAUUGUAAGGUUUGAAAAUUCACCUGUGUGGGGAGAUUUUUAUAUAUAUAUAUAUAUAUAUAUAUAUAUAGAUCAGCAGCACUGGAGGUUGAUCGCACUCUCGAGUGAGUUAGUAGGUCUGGUUUGCUGUUUUGAGGACGAGAUGACAGCAGUUCCCACAAACAAUUUUUUUAUGGCUUUUCAAAAAUGUCAUAAAGGUGCCACUUUAUCUGAACGUUUGAUCGUGUACUAAAAAGCCGCAGUCACACCAAAGCCGUUCUGCGCGACGUGCCUAUGUUUGUCAGCCAAUAUUCCAUGACAGUGUUGGACAUGCAAGUGCAAGUGCAAGUACAAACUAGCGUUUUUCCAUAGAUAUGAUCGUGUUAAUGAACUCCAUUCUUUUCUUUUCUCAAAUGUUUGCAUUUCCUUUAUCUUUAAUGUCAAUACAAUAAACUGGAAGUUUGACUGUUACAAGAA